AUGGGGGUGCGGGAUGCGGCGAAACCAUGCGGCUGGGGGGCUGCUACAUUUUGUUUUCUGCAGUACCCCCGAGAGCGCGCCAGAGAGAGGUACUGUGAGCGAGCGUCGAGGCCGAGAGUUUACACCAGCAGCCUUCGGUGGAGAGGGGAACCCCCUGCUUCUCUCGUGGGCGAGGAGAUCAAGGCUCGCUCUCUUCAGGGAGGGGGAAGGGCCGAACACGCCGCCAAUCAAAUCACCAAGCGUAGGGCAGUGGGGAACCGCGGCAGCGCGGUGGUGGCGCCGCGGACGGUAAACGGAGUCAAAAGCGUCGUGGCCGCCGGAGGCACGAAAAGCCUCGGGGUUCUUCGACCGGCAGAAAUGGGCGGUUCGCGAGCCAGAAGGAUUAAGGUUAAGGGGCUGUACGCGCGAGCCCGCAAGAUUUUGCGGUCAUCAUCGCCCUCGGCUUCGGAGACCGCAGCGGCCAUUCUCGAAGAGGCUCUCACCGUGGACCCUCAAGACGGACACUCAUGGCUGCUGUUGGCGCGCACUCGGGAGGCGAUGGGGGACGUCAACGCUGCCUCCGAUGUUUUCAAGAGGGCGGUAGUGGAAUGUCCGGGAAAUGCCCACCUGUGGCAAUCUUGGGGUAUGCUGCAAGCUAAGUUUGGAGACUGCGCCAAGGCGCGAAUAAGCUUCUCAAACGGUCUUGAAGCGGACCCCGGUAAUCCGUUCGUGUGUCACGCGUGGGCUCUGAUGGAGCAGCGGGACGGGGACAACGAUCGGGCUAGAGAGAUCCUCGAGGGCUCCCGCCAAAGCGUGGCGAUUUCCCAAGCCCUCGCGGAGCUACUGGCCACGCACGGCCAAGUGGAGGAAGGGCGGGGGCUGCUGCAGAAGGCCAUGGACCGCCUGGAGAAGGCGGCGUCCGCGCGCUCCAAGCGUAGCGGCGGCGGGGGCUCGCCCGACCCGAGCGCCGCGUGGGCUGCUGCCGGCGACCGGCCCAAGAAACGCUCGGCGGAGGAGGCCGAGGAUGCCGACCAGGGUGUGACGGCGCUGCUGAUGGCAUGGGCGAACUUCGAAGAGAGUAGGGGAAAUGAGAAGCGAUCGUUGGAGCUGAUGGCGAAAGCCAUGGAAAAUGAGCCUGACAACGCAAGGGCGCGAGUCGGACGUGCCCGGUUCGAGAUGCGCAGGGGGAACAUGCGGGAUGCGAGGAUUUUUCUCAGCGAGGCGGCUAACCUUCCGCAGGAAGACGGGACGCUGUUCAGCAUGUGGGCCACCCUCGAGAUUAAAGAGGGCAACCUCGAGACGGCGUUGAAGAUCGCAGAGGCUGCCACGGCUCGGUUCCCGUGGGAUAAGUUCCUUCUCCAGACGAUGGGCACGGUGCAUGGCAAGCUGGGGCGGUACGAGGAGGCGAUCGAGUGCUACCGGCGGAGCAUCGCGCUCAGUCCUGCCGCCCCCGCCUAUGUGGCCUGGGCGCUGGUAGUGGCCAAGCUGGCUGAGCGGGCCGAGAGAAAUGCCUCGAGCAAGAAGACCGCCGCCGGACCAAAAUACGGCGUGGUGGCCGGCGAUCCCGUCGUCGAGUACGUCGGCGACGCCAGCGAUGACGGCACUAUCCUCGGAGAGGCCUCUGAUGCUGUCGCGGGAGGCUCAGGGGGGACUGCGGACGAGAACGACGGCGGUGCCGCGGGCGAGGGGGGGGUCUCCCGGACCGAGGAGGAGGAGGGGCCGCCGUCGUACGAAGAAGCAAGGAGGCUUUUCGAGCUGGGGAUCUUGGCGGACCCGACGCACGGACCGCUCUACAAUGCCUACGGCUCCAUGGAGGCCAAGCUGGGCAACGUUGAGCACGCGCGCAACGUCUACAAGCGGGGCAUCGCGGCUCGCUGCAGCGGGGCGGUCCACGUUUGGCAGGGCUUCGGGAAGCUUGAGGCGUCGGAGGGCAACAGAGACGCGGCUAGGAAAAUUUUUGCCAGAGGAAUCAGGGAGUCGUCGGAGGAUGUGAGCUUCCUGUGCCACUCCCUGGGGUCGCUAGAGCUUGCGGCGGAUAGGCUAGGGGAAGCGAGGGCGGUGUUCUUGGCGGGGAUCGAGAGGUACCCGAGCGGAUCUCAGCUACUGCUCGGCGCUGGCCUGGCCAUUGCGAAAAUGGGCGAGCCCGACAACGCUCGCGAGUACUUCAGGAGAUCAGUAGAGGCGGAUCCUAGUCAUGCGCACGCGUGGCAGGCGUGGGGGCUGAUGGAGACCCGCGCCGGCAACUUCAAGGCGGCGCGGUCUCUGUGGGAGAGGGGGCUCAAGGCUAACCCCACUCACGGCCCCCUUUGGCAGGCGUACGCCGUAAUGGAGGAGAAGGUGGGAGAGCCUGAGCGGGCUCGCAAGCUUUUCGAGGCGGGACUGGAGCGCUGUCCGGACCAUGUGCAGCUUCACCAGGCGUGGGCGGUGAUGGAGGGGAUGCUGGGCGACCUGAAGAGAGCCAGGGAGCUGGUGGUGGAAGGGCUUCGGCUGGACCCUCACCACGGAGCUCUUUGGACCGUGUACUCCAUAGUAGAGCGCCAGGGAGGAUCCGAUGUCAAAGCUAGGAAGGUGUUGGAGCUGGGUGUCCGUGCAUGCCCGGAUCACGGGCCACUUCACCGCUGUUGGGCCCAGAUGGAGCACCAGCUGGGGAACACCGCAGAGGCUCGCAGGAGGUUCGAGAGGGGGCUGGAGGCAUGCCCGACCUACGCCCGGCUGUACUACGCCUACGCGGACAUGGAGGCCGCCAUGGGCAAUACGGUAUUCCUGGAGAAGCUGAAAGCGAGAGGGGAGAAAGCCCUCGUGGAGAGCGGGGCAGCGCCGGACAAGAUUAAGGAGUUCCAACAGCAGAUGGAGGCGUUCAAGAGUUUCGCGCGGUUCGACGCGACCUUCAGCUCGGAGCGGAUGGCGUCAUCGCUGGACCAAUCCUCGCUAGAAGACUUCGACUUCGACUGGUAG